GUUGAUUCGUUCCUGUGUAACGUUGUGACUACAGCAGCUGGUGGCGCAGUGAACAGAACUGUUUCAGUUGUUGGACUUUAAAGAUGCUGCAGGUUUAACAUUGUUUAACCAGGUUUAAUUAAACCACUCACAUUGUUAGGAGUCUCUUUUAUAAGAUGACCUUGUAGGCUGACAUCGGCGACCAUUUUAGAUGCCUAAUGUUUUUAUACAUAUAAUUUCAAAUGUGAAACAGCCUUUCUUCUAAUUAUCACUUCCUGUCCCGAUCCUCCACUUAUAAAUUGUUGUUGAUGCACUGAUGGCACCUCAGUCUAACUGGUCUAGACCAGAGCAGGUGGCUGUUUCUAGACUCAGUCCAGGAGGUUAGGUGGUUAAAACUUCACUUUUGAUUUAACUCAUUACAUUUAACUUGCUGCUCUUCAGAAUUACAGAGACUUUGCUUUAGUCACAUGUAUCUGACAGGAAGUCAGAUACAUGUGACCUGAGAGUGAGGCACUAGGUCAGUGAAAUGGGAAUCAUCCUGAACACUGGAGACAACCAUCAGCGAUAUGUGAACACCAGACCAUAAUUGCUCAUCCGAAAGAGAGCGGCAUACCUGGCCAUGUAGUGGCUGCCAUCGACAUAAACACCACGGCCAAUCAGAUCUACAGGCACAAUUUCCCUGACACACCCCUCUGGAACAAGACCAUAGAGGGCAUAGCACUGGAUGACUUCAAUAAAUUGUCUUUUGACAUGAUUUUGAUGAGCCCUCCCUGCCAGCCAUUCACCAGGAUCGGACUUCAGGGUGACAUCAGUGACCCCAGAACAAAGAGCUUCCUCUACGUCCUUGACCUUCUGCCGAGGCUUCACAGGCUGCCUCGCUUCAUCCUGCUGGAGAAUGUGAAAGGCUUUGAGAGCUCCGCUGCCAGAGAACUGUUGGUGAAGACACUGACAGGAUGUGGAUACAGUUUCCAGGAGUUCAUGGUCUCACCCACAAGUGUCGGGAUCCCAAACUCCAGACUGCGCUAUUUCCUCAUCGCUAAGAUGUCAACAAGCUUCAGUACACAGGCAAGGUCAGAGGUGAGGUCACAGGCAAGGUCAGAGGUGAGGUCACAGGCGAGGUCAGAGGGGAUGUCACAGGCAAUGUCACAGCACUCACAAUCAUCAACCUCUGACAGAGUGUGUAUACAGCUUCCAGAUGUCUUCCCACACUUUGCUGAGGCUGAUUCCUCUGAGCAGCCCACAGUGUUGAGUCCUACCUGCCCAGGUAGCUGUCAGUCAGAAGAGGAAGUGAGGGAGGGUCAGGUCCUGUACAAACUGGAGACAGCAGCUGAUGCCCAGAGGAAGAGGAGUCAGAACCAGGAUCUGUCCAUCAGGCAGAUUCAGGACUUCCUGGAGCCUCAGAGGGAGGGGGACCUGGAGCAGCACCUCCUCCCUCCCAGAACCCUGCUGAGAUACGCUCUGCUGCUGGACAUCGUUCAGCCCACCUGCAGGAGGUCCGUCUGCUUCACCAAGGGAUAUGGACGCUAUGUGGAGGGAACUGGCUCAGUGCUGCAGGGCUGCACAGAAACACAGAUGGAGAGUGUGUUUGCUGGUCUGGAUCAGGUCUCUGAAGAAGAGAAAGUGCAGCAGCUGCUGAAGCUGAAACUUCGUUACUUUACUCCCAGAGAAGUGGCCAAUCUGAUGGGCUUCCCCCAGAGCUUCAUGUUUCCAGAGGGAGUCUCCACCUUGCAGCAGUACAGAACUCUAGGAAACAGUCUGAAUGUUGUGGUGGUGUCCAGACUGCUACAGCUGCUCGUCUCGUAGCAACAAGAGGAGGAGACUGUUUAUUAGUCUCUGUGGACUAUAUGACAGACUGCUGCCUGCCCAGUGUUAGUGGAUGUGAACUGGUCAAAUGUUGGUCAAAGAUACCUCAGUGACAUCACAAUAACAUCAGUGACAUCACCAGUGAACAGAGUAAGUUACAGAAACUUCAGGGAACAGUACACAUCUGUUUCUACAGCUUGGUAAUAGUUUUCUACUGUUUGAAAUAAAGACCUAAAAUUAC